GCAUACUCUGAUCCGAAAGCACACUACCAUAUAGCAUCAAGCACAAGAUAUUUUUUGAAUGUGCAGCAGUGGCUUGGGAGGCAUUCAGAAGAUCGUGCAUUGGAGGAUUUUCUUCCUCGACUUAAAGAUCAUCUCCUUGCCCGAAUCCUUGGACAUCAAUACGACGGUGACGAAAAUGAGUUCAGUGCAGCUGAACGAGCCCAGAUUGUGUUCGUAAAUGAUCAUAUUUUCCAUCAUAAGGUACUUUGA